AUGGACGAGCCAGUCCGCGCCUCUGAUUUGUAUCUGGACACGAUCAACCGCGCAGUCUUGGAUUUUGACUUUGAAAAGGUGUGCUCAGUAUCUACCUCCAAUAUCAAUAUCUACGGCUGUCUUGUGUGCGGAAAAUACUUCCAAGGGCGUGGAAGGAAGUCUUAUGCUUAUUCGCAUUCCAUUCACGAUGAUCACCAUGUAUUCAUCAACCUAGAAACGACAAAAGUGUAUGUGCUUCCAGAUGGUUAUCCUGUCUCCGACCCCUCCUUGGACGAUAUUGCCUACGUCCUUCAUCCGACGUUUACAAAAUCCAAUCUGCCACCCACUCCUUCACAGCCGCCUCCCAAGCCAGCUUAUGACCUGGCCUCUAAUGCCUACAUUCCCGGAUACGUUGGUCUUAAUAACAUCAAGCAUAAUGACCACAUGAACGUCAUAAUACAUGCGCUCCUCCACAUACCACUCCUCCGCGACACAUUGCUUCUGUCUCCUACCAACUCGAACAGCGGAACAGAGCUGACCAGGCGCUUUUCGGCGCUAGCAAAAAAGCUUUGGAAUCCUCGUCUGUUCAAAGCCCAGGUCUCUCCUCAUGAGUUUCUACAAGAGGUGAAUCGUGCUAGCGGUGGCAAGUUCCGGCUGGAACAGCAGGGUGACCCAGUCGAUUUUCUGGGCUGGCUGUUGAAUCGUUUACAUAAAGAUUCGGGGGGUACGAAGAAAAAGAACUCCAGUAUCAUAUUCUCGACGUUCCAAGGUCAGCUACGCGUCGAUACGCAGCAGGUCGUGGUUUCUGGAGACGGAGACGCAAAGCCGCGCUUCGACAUCGACCGGGAAAUAAGAUCCACUAUUUCACCAUUCCUUUUCCUUUCCAUAGACCUUCCUCCGCCUCCGCUAUUCCAGGAUGCCAUAGAGAAAAACAUCAUUCCACAAGUCUCACUCCAGUCGGUCUUGGCAAAGUAUGACGGAAAGACAGCACAAGAGUCUUUGGGAAAUUUGCGAAGAUAUCAGUGUCAAUCCUUGCCACCAUAUGUCAUUCUUCACUUCAAAAGGUUUACAAAGAACGCUUUUGUGGAAGAGAAAAACCCAACCAUCGUUAAUUUCCCGCUGAAUGGAUUGGACUUGCGAGAGUACCUUUCCACGCCUUCACCGUCGCCUCUGCUGUACGACCUUGUCGCCAAUGUGACUCAUGAAUCCGUCGCAGGUACGACCCGAGACAAAAUCAACACAGUAUGGAAGGUUCAUGUCCGUGCUGGAGAGAGGUGGUAUCAGAUACAGGAUCUGAUUGUGGAGGAAACCAGAAAAGAGAUGAUCUUUUUGGGGGAGACAGUGCUGCAGAUUUGGGAGAGACGGAAAGAGUAG